AUGAAGAGCAUUUUCAUUAAUGAGUUCCUUCAUCGUGAACCGUGCGCGAAUCCUAUAGGUAAUGAGGAACAACGACAGUUCAUGAAGGAGCAUGCGGUCAAAGGUGACUCGAAGGAACCUCCACUUCCACCGCAGUUCUUUUACAACGACGAAUAUCUAGGAAACUUUAUUGACUUCGAAGAAGCCGUUGAAGAUGAUCGAAUCGCCGAAUUCUUUCGACUUAUUCCAGAUGAGGAUCAGUGGAGUUUUAAGUAUGACAGAUUUUGCUGGAUUCUCGUAAAGCGCUGCUUUUUUCAGGACUUAGAACCGGCGGCGAGCAGUGAAGACAAGAAAGCGGACAAAUCGGGCAAGGAGAGCGAAAAUGGGGUAACGGGUAUACAGAACGACGAAUGCGAAGGCGAAGAUGAAGAGGAAGAUGAUGGAGAGGAAGAAGAAGAGGAUAAAGGUGAAGAUGAAGACGAAGCAGAAGGCGAGGACGAAGAAGACGAAGAUGAAGGUGAACAAGAAGGUGAAGAAGGAGAGGGAGAUGAAAAUGAAGAAGUCGUAGAACACAAAAUGGCACUGCCGACGUCAACAGGACCCACGGAACGAGAAGGCAAAGAUAGGAAGGAUGAUGUUGAGGUCGAAGAAACUGCGACGAUACGCCUAAGCGACGACACGGUAAAAAAACACAUCGACAGUGGAAAAAAUGGUGGAGACAAAAAAGAAGCGAAUGAAGGUGAAGAGGAGGACGAAGAAGAAGGUGAAGAUGAGGAGGAAGGUGAAGAUGAAGAGGAAGGUGAAGAUCAGGAAGAAGGCGAAGACGAGGAAUACGAAGAGGAGGAAGAAGCUGAAUGA